UAUGGGCAUCACGUGCCCUAAGGAGGAGUCAGACAUCAAAGAAGAAAUAAAAGAAGAGGUAUACGAUGCAUCCUAUAAUGAAGCUGACUUCCAGCCCAAAGUGAUAAAACUGGUGAACAUUAAAGGAGAGCCCUUUAUGUGUCAGAUAUGUGGCUACCAGUCCAGACAUCUCAGAUGGCUGAGAUAUCACGAAACUAUCUGCCAGAUACAGGGACCCCCUGCUAUUCCUAAAGGUACUCUUAUUUUCGCACGACCUGCUGGAAUGGGUCAGCAGUUGAUGAUAAACUCUGAUCUGGUGAACAUGGUGUAUCCUGGACAAACUGUCCGGCUCAUUUCACCUCAACUCUCUACUGCUGAUCUGAUAGCCUGCAACCAGCAGGUUAACAUGGCUAGGUUCGUCACCCCUAGCAACCAGUCCUCCUCUGCUCACAACUCCCUGCAGUGUCAGUUGUGUAGUUUCGUGGCUGUUAGUACUGAUGCUCUUGCUCUGCAUGUUAAAGUUAACCACGCCCCUGUUUACUCCUGCAACUACUGCUCCUUCAAGACUAAAAUGCAGGAUGAUAUUAAGACCCACCUGGAUUUCCAGUGUACUCUGCGGCCUCCAAAGUGCUACACAUGUCUGCUCUGCAACAAUAUUAUAUACGCUGUAGAGGACAUAGAGAAACACUUUCGAGAGAAGCAUCCCAAAUAUCAGCUGACUUCAGGGAACAUUCCUGUACGAAUGGGCUUUGUUCCUCCUCAAGAUACUACGGUUACCAUGGCAACUAACAAUGUUACCAUGGUUACUCAAGAAGCAGUAUCACACACGCCACCUACCACGGACAUGCCACGUAGACACCCUACAAACACUAGUCUGCAGCCCAUGAUGAUGACUCCUUCAAGGCAGAAGGAUAUUCUGGAUGGGUUCCAUCUGUGCAGGUACUGCCCUUUCAAAUCUCAGAAACCGUCCGAGGUUAACAACCACAUGAAGUUUGGUCACUUGAACACAUUUGACUUUGACAGGAAGUUCAGUGAGCCUGAAGUGGCGGUUAAGAAAGUAAAUAAGCCUGCUUGUCCUGGUAAGAUCGACUUGCGCGCUAGCUGUGUCGAGUCUGGUAAUUUUGAGAGUUUAGAGUUUUUACCGCCCGACUCAUCCCCCACCUUUACUUCCACCACUGUGAUCGGGCGACCAAAGUGCGCUGGCAAACGGCGCCAGGACAUGUCCUAUGUGAUCCAGGACAAGAUAGACAGCAUUAAAUGCAGCCCUAAGGAGAAGAACUUCCACUGUGAAUUCUGCGAAUUUAAAACAACCACCACGUUCAACCUGAAGAGACACAUCAAGAACCGGCACAAGGAGCAGCAGCAGGAGGUGAGGGAAGAUAACGGGGUUAUCUGUCAAUAUUGUAACGAGAAGAUGACUCUAGGUAACCUGAAACGUCACAUCAAGAACAGGCACCCGGAGAUGAUAGAGGUCACCUCCACUCCUACUGUUCCCUGCCCGUACUGUGAGUUCACCACAAACUCUAGCUAUAACCUCCGCAGACACGCCCAAAAGAAACAUCGGGAUAAGUUUAAAGGCCUGGCCGCAACGCCAAACAAUUUGAUUCUGAACAAUGUGGUAUGUCAGUAUUGCAAAUUCAGAACCAACAGUGAGCAAAGUCUUGAGAAACAUGUUAAUAGGAUUCACCGGCAACCUCUGCAAGCUUCUCCACAAGCUAGUCCAGUGGAGGACUCUGGUGGUAACCAUGGGAACCCCGUCACUCUUGUUUCUGAGAGAGUUGUUGUACAAACACCUCCAAAAGAAGCGAGACCUCCCAAGGAGAAAACAUUGUCAUGUCAAUCUUGUGUGUUCAGAACGGCUUACUCCCAGAACUUGCGGAGGCACUACGAGAAGAACCACAGAGACGUUUACCCGAUAUUGUACCCUGAGAGAUACGCUAGAGAGGAGGCAAAGAAAGCAACUGCUCACACUGAAUGUAAAACUUUAACUAUCUCAGACAACAACAGCUCUGAUUUGACACGUGACACCCCUUAUACGGGCAACAACAGCUCUGAUUUGACACGUGACACCCCUUAUAUGGGCAACAACAGCUCUGAUUUGACACGUGACACCCCUUAUACGGGCAACAACAGCUCUGAUUUGGCACGUGACACCCCUUAUACGGGCAACAACAGUUCUGAUUUGACACGUGACACCCCUUAUACGGGCAUCACGUCUCCCAUAUCAGACAAGAACAAAUCUACAGUUGCCUCACCGUCUUCUAGCAUCAUAUGCGUUCUAGAAAACCAUCAAACUAAACCAGUCAACAGUUCUGUGAUUCAGUCUGUUGGGGAACCCACUCCAGAUUCUACUGUCAACUCAAUGAACACUCACAACUCCCCGUUCCGCUACAAGUCUAACAAUGUUACUAUGGCAACUAACAAUGUUACUAUGGCAACUAACAAUGUUACUAUGUAAGUCAACAAUGUUACUAUGGCAACUAACAAUGUACCUCAUAACUCUGGUAUGUUCUCUCCCAGCGAGGUUCACGUCCAUAUUCCCCAUCAAAAUAACUCAGGAUAUUCUGGAAGUUCGCAAAACCAGACUCCUGUUCAAAAUAACUCAGGAUAUUCUUCUGGAAGUUCGCAAAACCAGACUUCUAUUCGACCUACCUUUGGAGCAUCUCGUCAGAACGUGCCAUUUAUUGGGCAACCUCCGCUGCUUCCCCAGUCCCAAUGUAAUAUUCCGUUUUCAGAACAAAAUGUAACUGCUGUGCGUGAUAAGUUAUGAUAGUUUUGAUUCAGCUUUUUGAGAUGUAUUUUGAAAUUCUUUUCGAUGAAAAAUGGUGAAAUUUUGAUAAUAAUGGUUUUCUUUAUUACAUGCAAAUUUGAAUAAUAACCAUGAUUAAUUUUCUGGUAUGUUUAUUUACAGUUUUACGUUAAUAAUAAGUUAUUAGAUAUGGUUACCAUGGUUACCCAGCCAAGGUGGGGUGAAUUACAGUUCUUCAGUAGUUAACCUUUAAGGGCUGACAUGCGUACAUGAACAUUAUGUAACUUAUAAUUUGCAAUGACUGACAGUUCAUAGAUUAAAUCUUUCUGCAAGUAAGUUGAAUGAUAACAUUUAUGUAGGAGCAAAUAUUUUCCUUUUUUAAUGAUGAUGAUGA